ACCACAUCGGGACGUCCGCUGCUCACAGACACACAGAGAAACAACAAGGCAGGUGUCAUGCAGUGCUCUCUGUUCAAGCUGCGUACCCACCAGUGGUGUUUCCUCCUCUUCAACGUCCUCCUCUUCCAUGCCCUGCUGUUCGGGGCAGACUUUGUGGAGGAGUACCUCUUGCAGCCCACGCCUGGGGUCUACACUGAUGGCACGGUGGUUGAUGUAAGAGAGAAAGCGAGGAAACUAGACCUGAGCAACGCCAGGGAGAACGUGUCCCAGGCCUACCCCAUCACAAACCCAGACGCCUGCAGGAACUCUGACCUCUUCCUCCUCGCUCUAGUCUUCAGCUCCACCGCUAAUAUCACCCAAAGAGAUGCAGUCAGGAAGACGUGGGCCAACCAAACACUCAUCCAAGGCUUCCCAGUGCGGGUACUGUUCUUCUUAGGAUCAACUGAGACCUCCGCCGCACAAAAGGCCCUCAUGGUAGAGUCUAACCGCCAUGGGGACAUGGUCCAGGGUCAUGCUGUGGCUGACUCGUCCCUCCGUGGCCCAACAGAAAGGACAGUGCUGGCACUCCGCUGGGUGAUCGCCUUCUGUCCCGUGGCACGCUUUGUUCUGCUGACCAAGGACUCUGUGUUUGUGAACCUCCCUGCCAUCGGAGGCUACCUACUCGGGCUGCACAGGCACCCUGAGGAUCUUUAUUUAGGGAGGGUGAUCCAGAGAGACUCCCCUGACAGAGACCCCAACAGUCCUGGCUACCUGCCCCCAGCGCUCUACCCUGAUAAGUACCUGCCCGAAUACUGUGACGGCACGGCUUACGUUCUGUCUCAGGAUGUGGUCCGAAAAGUGUACGUGGCGUCCGCAGCGGUCCGUGCACCCGUGCCGGCUGAUGUGCUUGUGGGCCUUUGUGCUCAGAAGGCCGGUGUGGCACCAACCCACAGUGCCAGGUUCUCAGGAGGGAAACAUAUCCGCUACAACGCCUGCUGCUACCGCUAUCUGUUCAGCUCAGCAGCAAUGGAAAGCCAUGAACUAGAUACAGUGUGGGCAGACCUGGGACAGAAGGGUGGAAGCUGCUCACUGUUAAAGACCUACUACGGCCUGGUGAUCUGCAAGGCCCUCACGUACCUGGAUAAAAUGGCCUUCUUCAACUCCAAGGGCCAAGCUCAGUCGCACGGUUAAAGGACCAGUGUGUAACAAUUAGGGAGGGAUAUAUUGGCAGAAAAUGGAAUACAAUAUUAAUAAGUAUGUUUUCGUUAGUGUAUAAUCACCUGAAAAUAAGAGUCGUUGUGUUUUUGUUAGCUUAGAAUGAGCUUGUUUAUAUCUACAUACGGAGCGGGUCCUCUUCACAGAGCUGGCCACCAUGUUCAACAGAACGGACAAACCACUGUGUUCACUUUUCCUUCUUGGACCGGAGUCGAUAAUGUUACUCGCUCCGGGAAACCUCGGUUGGUCUUGAGGAGCUGCAGCAUUUAUUUCUGCACAAACUGCACCUUCCACUGAACAUUCACUUGACAUUCUCACAGCUAAACUAACUCAGUCUUCUGCUCCACUAGCUCACUUGUUCGCUCACAACAUCACACACACUCGCCGCUCUUUAUCUCUUGCUUCACCAUUCACUUCCCACGUACGCACACACUCUGCGCACUGGCUCUGCUAUUCUCCAAAUGACCUUCGCUAUACUCUUACAACAACUGGCUCUAGAUGGGGCAUUUCACGUUUUCGCGUCGGCCACAGUUGUUCUCUUACACGCUUGGCACACGGGAGAGGUUUCAAUCUGCAAACUCAUCGCUAUAUAUGUUACACACUGUACCUUUGAGUAUGUGUGAUUAGUUAUUAUGCGUGCUUGUGAGUGAAAGAGAGACUGAAACUGAUAGGAAGUGGGGUUAAAAGUGUGUAAAUAAGUUUGUUGUCUUUGUGCACAUGUGUGCCAGUGUUUGCAUUUUGCCUCUCAGUAUUGUUAAUAGAUAAAUCUGUGGUAAAUUCUUCGUAUGGCGGUUAAGAUCAUUAUAUUAAGUAAAAGAAACAUUCAACCUGGAACAUUGCCAGAUUUAUGUAAAUAAGUGCAGUGCAAAUUUGACAUUUAAUAGGACAGGAAGGACAAUAGAGGAAGCAUUAGUUAUUUUUUUCUUUCUUUCUUUGAGUGAAUUUUGCAUCAAAUUGUCUAAAUAAAUAAA